CAAGACUCACGAUGAUAGUGAACGUCCGAUGAAGAUUCCUCCGUUCGGGCCGCCCUUCUCUGCCUAAACCAGAAACUAGUGUCACCCAGUAUCCUGGACACCGACCACCGGGUCGCGGAACCUCCACAGGUCAAUCUGAACGAUCAUCGACGUAUUUCCUGUAACAAGAUGAACGUCAAAACCGAAAAAACGAAAUUGAUCCCGCCGGACGGAGGGUGGGGGUGGGUGGUCCUCUCCUCCGCGCUUGUCGUCAACUUCCUAAUACCAGGAACAGUGAAAUCGUUUGGUGUCCUAUUCGUUGAAUUCCUCCACGUCUUCAAAGCAUCCUCGACUGCUGCCUCCUGGAUGACAGCUUUAUGUUAUUUUCUGUACAACUCUUUAGGUCCUUUGUCAAGCAUAUUGUCCAACAAGUACUCUUACAGAACAGUGACUAUAAUCGGUGGCGCCUUCGCGGCUUGCGGUAUGAUGUCGAGUUAUUUUGCCAACUCGGUUUCUUACUUGUACGUCAGCUAUGGAUUAAUGGUUGGCAUCGGUGCUGGUCUAACGUUUCCGCCAACGGUGUACAUCGUGACCGCGUAUUUCGAGAGACUUCGAGGAUUCGCCAACGGUUUGUGCAUCUCUGGAAGCGCAAUUGGGACUAUAGUGCUGCCACCAUUCUUGCAAUACCUCCUUGACUGUUUCGGAUACAGAGGCGCGGUGCUGAUAAUGGGCGGUAUCACGCUGAACACUUUGGUCUGCGGGAUGCUGUAUCAUCCAGUGGAACAGCACAUGAUCACCGUACCGGUGGAGGGAGGGAUCGACAACGAGGCGUUGACCAUGGACGAGUCGGAUUUCGACAAAAAGAAGGGCACAGGUAACUCGACCAAGCUGAACGUAAUAUUACAAGACGCUAAGGACGUCGGCGACGAUACAAAGACCAAGCAGUUAGAAAUUCUGACGGAACUUCUGGACAAUACAACGUCCACCACAGAAAACGAGACGUUGUCGUACAACGACGCGAGGUCGAAGAAGGAAGAGAACUGCAGCGCCGAGAAGAGCCCCGAAACGACGGACGACCCCAAAACUAACUACUGCGCAGAGAAUAGAAACGAGGAGAUACUCGAUGAGAAAAGAACCGAGGUGGAAAAGGAAUGCCCGUUUAAUGCGAACGUGCUGCGACACGGCAGCAACGCGUCCGAUACCAACGCGACGGUCAACAAGAUUAAGUUGCCCGAGUUGACUAAAUAUCCUCACAGCAACAAGGACGAAAAGGCCCUCGAAUGUUCCAAAAGCAGUUUGGGUGAGCUGUCGGAACAAUCAUUGCCCGACAAAUCACACUUCUUCGACCUCAGCGUUCUCAGAGACCCGAUCUAUCUAGUGAUCCUGAUCUCGAACUCCACCUCGGCGAUCAGCAACACCAACUUCAUGAUCCUGCUGCCCGCUUACGCUAUAUCGCAGGGCUUCGACAAGAACUCGUCGGCUCUGCUACUGUCGGUGGUCUCCGCUCUCGACCUGGUCGGAAGGAUCAGCGGUGCUUCGUUGUCAGACAUCGACUUCGUGCCAAAGUAUUAUUAUUUCGUCGGCGGACUCGGCACCAGCGGCUUGGCGCUGGCUUUGUUGCCAAUGGCAAAGAGCUACGCGAUGCUUUCCUUCUUCUGCGCGUUGUUCGGUUUAUCAUCCGGCAUGUACAUCGGAAUUACGACGGUCAUUCUCGCGGACAUGUUGGGCACGGAAAAGCUAAGCUCGUCGUACGGGAUAUCUUUGUUCGUCAAUGGUGUCCUGCAGCUGGUCGGCCCGCCUGCUUGCGGCGCCAUAUUCGAAUCUGUAGGAUCGUACAAACCGAUAUUUCUAACCUUUGGUAUUAUUCUUAUUCUUGGCACUGCAUUGUGGGCGGUGGUGCCACUUAUAAAUAGAAACCAUAAAAAGGAUCUGCAAUCCGUUUAGCAGUGUGACUCCACCUUAGUGUUCACAUAGGGCUUCUAAAUCUGAUCAAAUUACUCAGUGGGCAGCUCUCCGGGACUAUUUCGUUAGUACGUAUACCACUUCUAUUGCUCUACGAACGUCGAUCAAUGCUGUAGAGACAUUUUGUCUUUUGUUAUCAGACAUCAAAUAGAAGUAAAACGAGUAAAAUGUCGUUUGAUUUAUGUUCUUGAGCUACUCAGAAAUUCAUAUUUUGAUGUAUAUUUUCCACACACUUCGUUUAGAAACCUGAAUUACCGAUCGACAGUGUGCAGAUUAGCUAUCCACUGUAGAUAAUAGGUAGAGAAGCACCGAUUUAGAGAAUCUUAAAGGAUCACACUACCUUGAAGACGUUAAAUAAUAGUGAUUGUUUAGGAAUUAUAAUUAUUGCAAUGAAUCUGCAUGCUCGAGAAGUUUUAAUCAAUUUUUAUUCGAAAUAGCGGCUUCGUCUAAAACGAAAUUUUCUCGUUUCUCCUUUCCGGUCUGAAUUAUUUUUUAAAUACCAAAAUUAUUUAAUUUGAAAUUCUUUUACACAUUUUAUCUACGAACGAAGGUUUUCGUUUUCGUAUUUUGAAAAUUAUACAAGGUGAACAGCAAUAACUGUCAUCGCGAUUUUUUCAAGCAUUUCCAUCGAUUCGACAAAAAAUGAUUUCGAAUUAAAUUUAAUCAGUUAAUUGCCUAAGAGUUGCAGUAUACAAAAUUUCGAAAACAGUAGUUUUUUAUGAGAAACUAAUGUCACGUUAACUUUUUUUAAUGGCACCGUAUAUUUUUAGCUUCAUGAAGUCAUUAUUAAUGAAAAACAACGAGUCAAAGGACCUACUAGUUUAUCUCCUAAUGACCUUGACCUUAGAAAUUUAGAUUUGAUCGAUAGAAAUGUUCAAAUGGACAAUUAUUGUAUUAUUUUAAUCGAUCGUCACAAAAUUUCAAGUUCUAAAACAUGAUUCACUAUAAUUAGGUCUUUCAUUUUGAUCAGUUGGUAGUAAUAAGUCCUAAAAUCAUUCUUCUCGCACUACUGAAUUUAUAAAUAAAAAUAGGGACUUUGUUUCUUAAACCAAAAAUAUUGCAAAAAAUCCCAUGCUUUUUAGAAAUUAAUUUAAAAAACGACGCAAUAUUGCCAGAGUGGAUUGUUCGGGUGACUUUUACAUACAAUUAAUUAAUAGUAUUUGAUUCGCAUAGAGAUUUCUCUAGGACUGAUAAAUUUUCUCUCUUUAGUUAGUUAAAUCUUUUCAGUCUUUGAUAUUUGCUCAAUUUCGUUAUUUCCUUUUAUGCCCUACUUUAUGCUCUUCUUUUCGUGUAAAUUGCGGCUCUAUAAACGAUUGUACAUUUAUAAUGAAAUGUCUCGUUACAAAUAAUAAUUUAGCACAAGAACGACACUUUUCAGUGUUUUGGCGGGCAAUGUGCCAAAUUCGCCAUCAUUUUAAAAAUAUUUUAUUAAUUAAAAUAGUGCUUUAUUCAGUUUUGACCUUGAAAUUCUUCUGAAACCGACCUAACCCAACCAUUGGGUUUUCGCACACCUCUAAAAUCUAAAUUAGAAACCACGAUAUGAAGAAAGCAUAAUCGAUGGAAGAAAUAUAGUCGUAAAUGACAUUUAAAGGAGGCAAAUGGAAGCAUUUAGCAAAAGAGUACACUCCACGCAACGCGAGUGUUUUUCCUUUUUUGUUACGACAGGUCCAGCAUCGAUGACUACGACUAAAUACAAGAAACAGGGCUGUCUAUUAUAAUAUCAUUUGAGUUUAUCCUGAAAAGAUCACUAUAUAGCUUCCAUCGACUAUAAACGUAAUUUUAAGUUCGAUAUUACGAUAUGAUACUUCAUAAGUAAUAUAAGCAAGCUUUAAAUAUACAAAAAAAAACGUCUUCAUCAUUUUUAUUCUCGUUUUAAAUUAUUUUCCUACUUAAACAUCUAUUCGAAUAAGGAAAAAGUUUCUGACGAAUGUCGGAUAAAAAUAAAAAAAUGAACAUCUUAUUCAUCAUUAGUGAAUAAAUAUCUACACAAAUAAGGAUUGUUCGAAUAAAGAAUUAUUCCUGACGA